GUAAGGCGAUAACGUACAAAGGUGUAUCGGUUUAAUACAGUGCAAUCUUAAUCAAUUAAAGUUUUAAAUUGUACUAUACCCAUAAAUAGAAAAGCUGAUUAUUUCAUAUAUAUUUAAGCUGACAAAUUCAGUCAUACAUUAAGACUAUUUUGAACCCGCUUUACCCGUCAAGUGGGAUUUAUAGUUCUAUGGGACAUAGACGAGAGCUUUCACCGGCCUUUCAUCGCCAAUGUCUAUUUAAAUUCAAUUUGUCAUGUAUAUUCAUCCUUGAGCACAAAAAAACACAACAAAACUAUGGGGAAUACCCUCAUUUUCCUUCCACGUUUGUCGACAUAUUCAGUUCAGACUAAACGUUGGGCUAUUAAUUCGAUCCGGAACGUUCAGUUAAUACAUUUAGUGACUGAAUUACUUGGAAGUGUGUUACAAUACAUAGUAACAAGUGAAUUAAUUACUGGUUUAAACUUUUUUCCAGGUACUUGUCAGUCUCUGGUAGAGAACGUGGAACAAAUGGUAGUACUAUUGCUAGCAAAAAGUCAUGCCGUCGUUAAGAAAACAACUGGAAAUCCUCAUCAAAAGUUUAUUGUAAACUACAUAUGAAAUGGACCAUUUAUUCAAUUCGUCGUUUUUCCAAAGCUAUUUGGGUAAAUUGAAGUCCCCGUGUACAUUGGAUACGUCGUUGACGGGACAAAAUUCAAACAGUUCUAAUGAAUCGUCUGUUUCAAAUUGCACCACGCCGGCGUUCGAUGAUUUCUUAGAUUUCGAUUUUCCAGAACGUUUUAAUUAUGAAAAACCGACAGUUUAUACAAUUGGACUGAAUCUAUUCUCUUAUUUAACACCAUUUAUACUGAUUAUAGGCCUUGUCGGAAACGGCCUAUCGGCAGCAGUAUUUAGCACAAAGAAUAUGCGGAAAAUGUCUGCAAGUUCUUAUCUGGCGGCUUUAUCAGCAGCAGAUAUAUGUACUCUGAUAUUCUACGUGUUUAUUGAAUGGUUACGAAGAGGACUUAUUCACAUCAACCCGGAUGCCCAAAUUAUACUGCGAGUUCUGAAUAGGAAUGGACCGUGUCAAAUACUAUUGUUUUUCUCAUAUUUAUCUCGAGUCAUGUCAACUUGGAUAAUUGUGAUAUUCACCAUCGAAAGAUUUACCGGAGUGUGCUACCCUCUUAAAUCGUUUAAAGGAAAAUCUAGAAAGAUCUUAAUUGGAAUGUUAGUUGUUGGUGGAAUACUUGUGUCAUAUAAACCUAUUCUAAGCAGUGAGAACAUCCAAAAAGGACAGGUCACAUGUACCUCUAAUUCACUGUACAGCUUUGAGUCGUUUGUGUUAGAUUCAAUUUUUGCUUUACUAAUAACACUUGUUCCUUUUAUUAUCAUAACAAUACUGAACUUAUUAAUUAUGCGAACCUUAUACCUUAGAAACCAUCGCCAUAGUGACCUCUUUGCUGAAACAACUAAAAUACGACUAGAGUUUACGUUGAUAUUACUGGCGAUUUCAUUCUUUUUCAUUGCAUUUAAUCUGCCUUAUUCCGCGGUCUGGUUCAGGCAUUUUUUAUCAUCGAGAUUUUUGCACUCUGACGCCAGCGAUUUCAAUCAUGGUGAUAUUGACUAUUGGAACGGUGUGCUUAACGUUACCAGAACAGUGUUCUAUUUAAACUAUUGUGUAAAUUUCUUUUUGUACAGUAUCACUGGUGCAUAUUUCAGAAAUGAACUAGCAUUUAUGUUGCGUUUCAGAAAAAGAAAACGCCGGAUGUAUAAGUCACAUAUCCGAUGUAGUAGAUUUGGCAGCUCAAAUCAUUCUGGAACCGUAGCUACUUACGUUGCAUAAG